AGUGAAUUAAGAUAAUCAUCCUUGACUACCAAAUCAAAACAACAACAACAACAUCAAAACAAGUAAACAUUGAGUGAUUGGAAUAACAGAAAUUCAAUAAAAUAAUAAUAAUAAUUCACUCAGGAUUCUCAAUUUUCAUGACUACGCUUUUUUUAGAUUCACCAGACAAUUGCGACGACAUUUUGUUAAAUUAAAGAAAACCCUUCUAACUGUUUCUACUUGGAAAAUGUCACCUACAUUGGCCUCCGUCGAUUCCAUCUUGAAACCGCCUUCAUGUGUCGCUAAUUUAACUAAAUUGGAUCAUACUUUAUUCCGGAAGACAAUCAAAGUACCUUAUAUUGUGGUGGAAGAUAAAUUUAUCCAAAAUAUUGCCAAACAUUUAAAAUCUCAAUACUUGACCGUUAAAGGAAUUGAUACAAUUCAAUGUUUCCAAUCAAAUGAUUCAUCAACUGAUCACAAAAUUACUCAUGAUGGUGACGGUGAGAAAACUGAUCGCCAUUCCAGUAAUAAGAUGAUUCUACUCAAUCCUGAUCUAGUCAAAUCAGUGGACAAUUUAGAUGAGAGAGUUGUGAAAAUGUUGACUGAAAAGUACAAAGAAAUUGUUUUACAUUGGAAAGAGAUUGAGUUGAAUUUUGGAAAUUAUAAUGUUCAUGAUAUAAUUGAUGCCAUUUUCCCUGAUGAGGAGAAAAGGGUCAAAUCUUGGUCGAUAAUUGGUCAUAUAUUACACGUUAAUCUAAGAGAUGAGAAAUUACAAUAUAAAGAUUUGAUUGGUCAAGUUUUAUUGGAAACAAAUCCAACUGUUAGCCUGAUUAUCAACAAAGCGGAAAUUAUUGACACCAAGUUCAGAAAUUUUUCCCAUGAAAUAUUAGCCCAAAAACCUGAUUCAGAUAAACUUGGAACCCAAGUUACCGUUCACUCAAACAAUUGUACAUUUAAAUUUGAUUUUGCCAAAGUCUAUUGGAAUCCAAGACUGAACACGGAACACACUCGAUUCCUAAAUCGAUUGGACAAAUGUCGUGACGUUGUUUAUGACCUUUUCGCUGGUAUUGGACCUUUUGCUAUACCAGCGGCAAAGAGAAACUGUCGAGUUCUGGCCAACGAUUUGAAUCCUGAUGCUUUCCACUGGCUUAAAGUUAAUUCCAAGUUGAAUAAAGUUGAUUCCAAGUUGACAGCUCACAAUAUGGAUGCACGACAAUUUGUUAGAACUGUUGUUCGAGACGAUCUUCUAAGCUCAUGGGCUUCCCCUGAGGUUACAGAAUUUGUUAUUAAACCGACUUACCAUGUACUCAUGAAUCUACCAGGAAUGGCGGUUGAAUUUCUCGAUUCAUUUGUUGGCUUAUUGGCUGAUAAAGUUGAUGAUAGUUCCCUACAACCCUUGGUAAUACCGCCGAUGGUACAUUGUUAUACCUUUUUAAAGCGAGACAGAUCACCGAUUGAUUCGAUACCUUUACUUGUCGAGGAAACAAUUAAAUCAAAAUUACCUGGUGAUUACGAGUUGAAAAAGGUUCGGGCAGUAGCGCCAUUCAAGGAUAUGUUCAGAAUAACGUUCAAAUUACCGAUUGAUGUACUUUUUGAUACAAGGACAGUUAAGAGGCAAAAAAUUUCCAAUUAACUGCAUUUUCUGAUCGAUUUGUAUUGAAAAUAUUGAACGAUUAAGAAUUUAAAUAUAUAAUAUAUUUUUAAUUGUCUUA